AUGCUAUCAAAGCUUAGCUGCGAGGAUCUGACGGUAGUCCAGAUAAGACUUGAUCUUUCGAUGGAGGUAUCCUUGGACGUUCUAAUAGGCUCAGCUUAUAUGCCCUACGAUUCCGAGGACCUACCACCUCAGAACGAAGUUAAGAACCUUAUUGCAUAUGCGGAGGAACGUGGGCUCGAACUUCUACUUGGUUGCAAUGCUAACUCUCAUCAUGUUGGAGAUACAGAAUUUACCUUCCAGGACUCCAGAAGACAGGAGGUAAUAGACAUCACGCUGUGUACGGAAAGGGUGGCUGGUCUGGUGACGAACUGGAGGGUCUCAAAUGAACCUUCAGGAUCUGACCACAGACAGAUUUGCCUAUUUUUCCGUCACUUACCGGUACAUAAAUGGUCGAGACAUCCGAAGAAAACCGAUUGGGAAAGCUAUAAGGCCGCUGUAUCGGAAGAGCCAGUCCUUCUCAAGAGUUCCAUGGUGGAACAAAGAGCUUUCGAAGCUUUAAGUCAAGAACCAGGAAACUUUUCAACCAGGCCAGAAAAUCUGGCUCUGCGGCCUGUUGGGCAGUUUAGGAUCACCCAGCAGGAAUACAGCAGGGCCAUCACUUCAGCCAAAAGACGCUGCUGGAGGACUUUUUGCGAAAACAUUGAGAGUCUUCCUGAAGCGUCCAAGCUCAAUAAAAUUCUGAAUUCCGAUAGCUGCUCGCCAAUGGGCUAUCUCAAGCACCCUGACGGGCACUACACGGAAAGUCUCACUGAAUCUCUCACUCUCCUUAUGGAGACUUAUUUUCCAGGUUCUCAACCUCUUACGACAAAACACCCUUUGCCCAUUAUGCCUACACCUAGGGUAGGUUAUGUACUUAAGGAAUGGGCACUAGCGGCAAGAGUGGUGUACCCGGAGGGUGUAAAAUGGGCGAUUCGUUCCUUUGACCCCUAUAAGGCACCGGGACCGGACGGCAUCUAUCCCAUUCUCCUGCAAAAAGAGCUAGACCUCCUAAUAGGCCCCCUCACCAAAAUUCUCAGGGCAAGCAUAGCAUUGAGACACAUUCCACCGGCGUGGAGCGACAUUAAAGUCUGCUUCAUUCCUAAACCGGGGAGAAACGGCCAUAUUCUGGCAAAAGACUUCAGACCCAUCAGCCUCACUUCAUUCAUAUUGAAGACAUUAGAAAAACUGGUUGAGUUUUAUCAAAACAGAGCCCCUUGCUCAUAA